CCGGGUUUCCGGGAGCGGGCAGGCAUGGAGCCAGCGCCGGCGGGACAGAAGGAGGGGGGCAGCCGCUUCCGCGCCAGCGAGCACCAGCACACUCGGUACAACCCUCUGCGGGACGACUGGGUGCUGGUAUCGGCCCACCGGGUGAAACGCCCCUGGCAAGGGCAGCUGGAGAAGCCGCCCCCCGAGGAUGUACCCCGCUGGGACCCUAACAACCCCCUCUGUCCCGGGGCCACCCGGGCUAACGGCGAGGUGAACCCGCAGUACGAGGGCACUUUCAUCUUCCCAAAUGACUUCCCUGCGCUGCAGCCCGAUGCUCCAGAACCUGACGACAGUGAUCACCCCUUGUUCCGAGCUGCCCCAGCCAGGGGUGUGUGCAAGGUGAUGUGCUUCCACCCCUGGUCGGACCUGACGCUGCCCCUCAUGUCCUUGGCAGAGAUCCGGGCUGUCAUCGAUGCGUGGGCAGAGCUGGCGACCGAGCUGGGUGCUUCCUACCCCUGGGUGCAGAUCUUCGAGAACAAGGGAGCGAUGAUGGGCUGCUCCAAUCCGCACCCCCACUGCCAGGUGUGGGCCAGCAGCUUCCUCCCGAACGAGGCGCGCCUGGAGGACCGGACCCAGCGUGAGCACCUGAGGCAGCACGGCGUGCCCAUGCUGCUGGAGUACGCUGAGCAGGAGGCUCGCCGAAAGGAAAGGCUGGUGGUGGAGAAUGCGGACUGGCUGGUUGUGGUGCCGUACUGGGCCACCUGGCCCUACCAGACCCUGCUGCUGCCCCGCCGCCACGUCUGCCGCCUCCAGGACCUCAGUGAGGGAGAGAGGGACAGCCUGGCCUCCAUCAUGAAGAAGCUGCUCAUCAAGUACGACAACCUCUUUGAAGUCUCCUUCCCCUACUCCAUGGGCUGGCAUGGAGCCCCCACGGGCCCCCACCUGGAGGAGGACUGCAGGCACUGGCAGCUCCACGCCCACUACUAUCCCCCCCUGCUCCGCUCUGCCACUGUCCGCAAGUUCAUGGUGGGAUAUGAGAUGCUGGCACAGGCACAGAGGGACCUCACCCCGGAGCAGGCAGCUGAGCGCCUGAGGAGCCUCCCCGAGGUGCACUACAAGGAAGGAAACAAGGAGAUGUGAUGGGGAGCAGCGGAGCCAGUCCUCAGAUGGUAGCUGUCAGAGAUCCUGGGAAAAGCAUCCCUGUGGCUGGGUCAUCCUUUUCCUGACUCCACAUCCCCCAGCAUCUGCAAUUCCUACCCUGAGCUGCUCUGGAGGAGUAAGCAGGGUGGAGGAUGGGGACAACAAGAGGAGCUAAGGCUAAGCUCAAACAUGGAGAUAAUGAAUUAAAAAUGCAUCAAGGUCUCUUGGAGGUGUUUGCACCCUCUGUGGUGUUUUAAUAGGCCUGUGAGGCACUAGAAAAGGGAUGCAGUGCUUCUGCACUGGGCUGGCACGUCCCAUGCUCCGCAAGGAACAAGGGAUAAGUCCAGUAGAAGAUGUGGAGAUGUAGAGAUGCUUGAGGGGGAGGUGGCCAGGGAUUUAUUCUCAUUUCGUUUCCAUUUUCUGAUGCCACUGAAAGAGAUGAGUCAGUCUGCCAAGGGGCAUGGGUUUCCCAAAGCUCCCGGGGUUUUGUCUCGAGUGAGACAAGCCAGUGUGCUUGCACAGGUUGUAGCAGUGGCUGUCUCCAUCAUCAUUCCUGUCCUGCAUGUUUAGGAGACCCAGAGCACUCCCAGCUCUGACACUGAAUCCUUCUGCAGACACAGUUGAGACCUGGGAUGCUGGUCUGGGAUGCUGUUCUGGUGCGCAGGCACCGUUUGGAAUAAACACUUAAUGGUAGAGGCAACUGCUGGAGGCACCUUCAUCACCUUUGGUUACAUGUCCAUGUCCUUGGCAGCUGCCAAAGGCUGCAGAGCUGCAGACAUACUGCAGAUCCCGAGUCCCCAGUCCUGCCUACCCCUCUUCCUCUCCUCCCUGCUUUCCAGUGCAGGUGAGACAAUAAAUAUUGAGCAAAGGAAGUUAAUCUGUGACCAGAGUGUUUUAAUCAGAAAAAAAAGUUAUGAGUCCGGCCUGCUGGCUCCUGCCAAAGUGCAGUUUUACUGUUCCUCCUGGUACCAGGUUUAUGGCUGUCAUUUCAUUCCAGUUUUACUGUUGUUUUUGCCCUUAUCGUUCAGUUUCUCCUUGCCUGCUGCUGCCUGAGUGGGGAUUUUGUCAAUGCAUGAAGGAAGAAAUCAGUACAUUUUUAGGGAGGAAAAAGAGAAGGAAAAGGAGGAAGAACAAAAGGAAAGGGAGGAAGAAGAGAA